AUGUGUUUGUACCCUUCUUUACUGAUUAAUUUAUUUCAUUUUCUUACUUUUCUCUGUACUGAUUUUGUGCUGAACAACUCUAUCCUUACUCGUGCAACACCAGUUCAAGCUCUUCAAGCAAUAUCAUCAAAGCUUCAGAUCAAGAACUUGAUUAUCAACCAGAGCCUCUGCAGUAAUAGUGAAAGUAGUUUCCUGAAUGAGACCAUCAGAAAUAUGAUUGUUAUCAACAUCAUAUGCAACUGCAACAAUACAGUUUGCCAUGUUACUCGCAUACUGUUGAAGGGUCAAAACUCAACAGGAGAUAUACCAACCGAAUUCAUUAAUCUCCCUCAUUUGCAGGAUAUUGAUCUUAGUCGCAAUUAUCUAAAUGGAUCUAUUCCCACAGUUUUUUCUCAACUCCCUCUCAGAAACCUGUCUCUUUUAGGAAACCGCAUAAGUGGUUCAAUUCCCAGGGAAAUUGGAAAUAUUCCAACACUUGAGGAUCUGAUCCUUGAAAAUAACCAGCUUGAAGGAUCUCUUCCUGAAAACCUUGGAAGUUUAAGUCAGUUGAAGAGGCUCCUGCUUUCUUCCAAUAAUUUCACAGGAAGAAUACCUGAAAGUUAUGGCAAUUUGAAGAACUUAGAAGAAUUUAGGAUAGAUGGCAACAGCCUAUCUGGGCAGAUACCUGAUCUGAUUGGAAAUUGGACAAAUUUGAAAAAACUGUAUAUGCAAGGCUCAGGGAUAAGUGGUCCUAUUCCGUCUGGAAUCUCUCAGUUGACAAACUUAAAAGAGCUGAGAUUGUCUAAUCUGAACGGACCUAGCCAAUCGUUCCCUAAUCUGAUGGGCAUGAUGCAACUGAAAAUAUUGUUGCUGCGAAAUUGCCUAAUUAAUGGUCCAAUUCCUGAUUACAUUAGUGAAUUUCCAUCUCUAAAGACCUUAGAUCUGGGAUUUAACAACUUGUCAGGCCCAAUUCCAGCAACAUUUCAAAAUCUGAAAUUUAAUUUUUUGCUUCUAGCCAACAAUUCCCUGACCGGAACCGUACCAGAGUGGUUGUUGAGCAGCAAUGAUAAAAUUGAUCUAUCUUAUAACGACUUUACCGGCCCAUCACAAGCAGGUUGUCAGUCAUCAAGCGUGAACUUAGCUUCAAGCCAUUCAGAAGCAUCAAACAACUCAGUUGCUUGGUGCUUGAGGAAAGAUCUCCCUUGUUCCAAGAAAGCUCAAUAUAAUUCCUUGUUCAUCAAUUGUGGAGGGAAAGAGAUGAGUUUUGGGGGGAAUAGAUAUGAACAAGACUUGUCCACAGAAGGACCUUCUUAUUUCUUUGCUUCUGGACAAAAAUGGGCUUUUAGCAGUGGAGGAACAUUCAUAAAUGAAGAUAAAGCCCUAUACUUAAGGAAAAAUUUAUUUUCGCUAAACAUUACUGGUCCUGAGUUCUACCAAUCAGCUCGUCUCGCCCCUAAUUCUCUUCGGUAUUAUGGACUUUGUUUGCGCAAGGGAAGUUAUAGAGUUCGCCUCCAUUUUGCCGAAAUUAUGUUUUCUGAUGAUCAGACUUUCAGCAGCCUUGGUCAGCGAGUUUUUGAUAUCUCAAUCCAAGGAAAUGUUAUUCGAAAGGAUUUUAACAUUGCUAAGGAAGCUGGAGGAGUUGGGAAGGUCAUAAUUGUGGAAUCAAAUGAUAUUUAUGUAAAUGGAAGCACUCUAGAAAUCCAUUUAUAUUGGUCAGGGAAAGGGACAAAUGCCAUACCUCAAAGGGGAGUGUAUGGACCUCUUAUAUCAGCUAUCUCGAUAACACCAAACUUUGAAAUUGACUCAGGAAUAUCAGCUGGCUAUAUUGUUGGUAUUGUUAUCGCUUCAAUUUCACUCGUUAUGAUGGUAUUGACUGCUCUCUGGAUGAAAUGGUGCUUUAAAGGGAAACAGACUGAAGAAAAAGAACUUCAGCUGCAUGAUCUGCAGACAGGUUAUUUUACUUUGAGACAGAUCAAAGCAGCCACAGGUAAUUUUGAUAUUUCAAACAAAAUUGGUGAAGGUGGAUUUGGUCCUGUUUAUAAGGGUGUGCUCUCUGAUGGUGGAACAAUCGCUGUUAAGCAAUUAUCCUCCAAAUCAAAGCAAGGAAAUCGCGAGUUUGUAAAUGAAAUAGGAAUGAUAUCUGCCUUGCAGCACCCAAAUCUAGUCACACUCUAUGGCUGCUGCAUUGAAGGAAACCAAUUAUUGCUAGUAUAUGAAUACAUGGAAAACAACUGUCUUGCAAGAGCACUCUUUGGUAGAGAAGAAAACAGAUUGAAUUUGGACUGGGGAACAAGAAUGAAGAUUUGCAUAGGGAUAGCCAAGGGGUUGGCAUAUCUUCAUGAAGAAUCGAGGCUAAAAAUUGUUCACAGAGAUAUUAAGGCUACUAAUGUAUUGCUAGAUAAGGAUCUGAAUGCUAAGAUAUCGGACUUUGGUUUGGCCAAACUGGACGAAGAAGAUAACACUCACAUUAGCACACGAAUAGCUGGAACAAUGGGGUACAUGGCACCAGAAUAUGCAAUGAGAGGUUACUUAACUGAGAAGGCAGAUGUGUACAGUUUUGGAGUGGUAGCACUAGAGCUUGUUAGUGGGAAAAGCAACACCAAUUACUUGCCUAAGGAGGAGUGUGUUUACCUUCUUGAUUGGGCUUAUGUCCUACAAGAGAAAGGUAAUCUAUUGGAGAUUGUGGAUGAUAAUCUUGGUCCAAACUAUCCAAAGGAAGAAGUUACUACAAUGUUGAACAUUGCCCUUUUAUGUAGCAAUUUCUCUCCCACCUUGAGGCCAUCGAUGUCUUCGGUAGUGAGCAUGCUUGAAGGAAAGAGUCUCAUUGAGGUACCACAAAUGAAGAAACACUCGGUCGAGGAAGACCUGAGGUUUAAGACCUUUGAGAGGCUUUCGCACGACAGCCAAACACAUGUCUCUUUGUCGUUGUCCCAAUCAUUUCGAGACCGAAGGACCAUGUCAUUAGACAGCCCUUGGAUUGGUUCUUCGGUCUCUUUUGCCAGCAACAACACCAUUGUUGAUGAAAAUCAUUCACUUAAACAUUCGCUUUUAUAGGAUAUUUUAAGAUUUCAAUUUCGGUUGUACGUCCAAAACAUAUACACAUUAAUAUUAUCGAUUUUUUUU